AUUCAACAUUGCAAACCAUUUAAUAAAAAAGGGAAAGAGUUCGAUUUUAUCAUCGUUGGAGCCGGAUCAGCAGGAUGUGUUCUCGCUAAUCGAUUAACUGAAAUUGAAAAUUGGAAUAAGCCGGUACUGAAGAACUAGAGUUUAAUCGGGUGCCUUCCUUAUAUCGCUUGAAUAAAGGUAGUAGCAUAGUUUGGGAUUACUGCACUCAGCCAGCAGAAAACUAUUGUAGAGCAAAUAGUAGAGGCCGCCACUGUCCUCGUGGGAAAGUAAUGAGUGGAUCAAGUUCCACAAACGGAAUGAUAUACGUAAGGGGUCAUCCUCUGGAUUAUGAUACAUGGGCUGAAAUGGGUAACACAGGCUGGAGUUACGAAAAUGUCUUGCCGUAUUUUUAAAAAGUCAGAGAAUAACAGAAAUCAAAAUAUAGUAGAUGCGAAUACAGAGUAUCAUAAAACUGGCGGAUAUCUAUCAGUCCAGAAAUUUCCGCAUAAAAAUGAAAACGUGAAAAUUCUCGAAGAAGCAUGGCAAGAAUAUGUACUCAAAUACGUAGACAUAAGUGCUAAGGAGCGUAUUGGGGUAAUGACCCAACAAACUACAUCAUUUAAUGGAAGGCGUGAGAGCACGAACGAUGCAUACGAUGAAUACUGGAAAGAGACAAUGUCCUGGAUUCCACCGGAUUUUUCAACUAAGUUCUGCACUAAUGAUGGACAGAGUACAAUAUGUGAUUCAAAAGCAAUAAUGUUUCUCACACUUCUCAUUAAUUUAUUUGGAAAUCCUAUAGACUGUAAAACAUUGAAUGAAAAAGGUAAAGAGUUUGACUUUAUCAUCGUUGGAGCUGGAUCGGCAGGUUGUGUUCUCGCUAAUAGAUUAACUGAAAUAGAAAAUUGGAAUGUACUCCUUCUAGAAGCUGGCACUGAAGAACUACAUGUUAAUCGUGUGCCUUCCUUAUAUCAUUUGACUGAAGGAAGUAGUCUAGAUUGGAAUUACCAGACACAACCCGAAGAAAAUGCUUGUAGAGCAAAUAGAGGCUGCAGCUGUCCUCGUGGGAAAGUAAUGGGCGGAUCAAGUUCCACAAACGGAUUGAUAUACGUAAGGGGCCAUCCUAUGGAUUAUAAUAGAUGGGCUGAACUAGGUAACACAGGCUGGAGUUACGAACAUGUCCUGCAGUACUUUAAAAAAUCUGAAAAUAACAGAAAUCAAGAUAUAAUUGAUGAUAAUCCAGAGUAUCAUAAUAAAGGAGGAUAUCUGUCAGUCCAAAAAUUUCCGCACAAAGACGAAAAUGUGCAAAUUCUAGCGGAAGCAUGGCAAGAAUUUGGAUACCAAUACGUUGACAUAAAUGCUAAGGAGCAUAUUGGUGUAAUGACCCUACAAACUACAUCAUUUAAUGGAAGGCGAGAGAGCACGAACGAUGCAUUCAUAAGACCCAUUAGGCAAAAACGACCUAAUCUAAUCAUUGAAACAGAAGCUUACGUGACACAAAUCCUAUUUGAUUCUGAAGGAAAAAAAGCCAUUGGCGUAGAAUAUACCUCUGUGAAUACUGGAAAGAGCCAAUCAAUACGUGCUCGUAAAGAAGUGAUUAUAUCAGCAGGGGCUGUUAAUUCUCCGAAGCUCCUUAUGCUUUCUGGAAUAGGACCAGCUGAGGAUCUUAAAACGCGGAGAAUUAAGGUCAUUCAAAAUUUACCAGUAGGGCGAAAUUUACACGAUCACGUGUCAUUUUUGGGAUUUACAAUCAAGCUGAAUCAAACUUCUACGAUUAGAGACUAUGAAGAGAAAAUGAAAGAUAUAGAUUUGUACUUAAGAGAAAAUAAAGGGCCGCUAUCUACAACAGGACCAUUAGCAAGUUCCACUUUCGUUAAAACAAAAUUCGAGGAAAACUUACAAGCACCAGAUAUUCAGUAUCAUUACACUGCUCUCAGGAAGAAAGAUUCCCAGUCACUUAUUGUGUGUUAUUAUGAUGCCAUUGCCAUUCUUCCUACAUUGCUCACACCCGAAAGCAGAGGAUUCAUCACACUUAAUAAGACAGACCCAAUUUGGGGUUCACCUAUGAUUUACCAACAAUUUUUUACAGUCGAUCCUGAUCGAGAACGUUUAAUCGAGGCUAUUAGAAUAUUCCAGAACUUAUUUAAUACAACAUCUUUCCAGAAAAACGAAUUCAAGCUUGAUAAUGAACGUCAGCCACUUUGCAUGGAGUUGAUAUUUGAUAGUGAUGACUACUGGUCUUGUAUCUUAAGUGAGUAUACAAUCACUAUAUACCAUCCAGUUGGCACAUGUAAAAUGGGUCCGAAAGAAGAUAAGAAAGCUGUGGUUAAUCCGAGGUUGCGAGUUUAUGGUAUUGAGAAUUUAAGAGUGGUGGAUGCUUCCAUUAUACCAAUUAUUCCUAGAGGAAAUACUAAUGCACCAACUAUUAUGAUUGCUGAAAAAGCUGCUGACAUGAUCAAAGAAGAUUGGUUAUAAAAUUUGUUUCCUAAUAUUGAAUUUGUCGAAUCAAACAUUUUAAGCAUGCGAAACAAAAGUAUACUAUAAAUAAUUGACGAGCAUUUUCUUGAAAGAAAAUAAUUGACAAAUGCCAAUUAAAAAAAAGUAGACAUAGUAUUGUAGUAUGGUUUGACAUGGUAGUGAUGGAUAUAUUAAAAAACUUGUAAAAUAUAUAUUACAAUUCAUUUAUUGUGAUUUAGAGAUACAUAUAAAAACAUUGCUUAAACUAUAUACUAAAAAGCAGUUUUCUUACAUAAUAUUUAAUCCUUUUCCAGGAUUUUUCUUUAUUCUCCUCUUGCUUCUCUUUUGAUAUGAAAAUUUAUUGAUUAAGUAGUAUCCGACAAUUUCGAUGACAAAGACAACAAUACUAAU